AUGAUGUCGGAAGAAUCUUACGGCCACAUCGAGCUCAUCAUCGGCCCCAUGUUUGCGGGGAAGACGACGGAGUUGAUGCGGCGGGUCCGCCGCGAGUCGUACGCGAAGCGUUCCUGCUACAUCGUCAAGCACUCCCGCGAUGUGCGCUACAACAGUGCGUGUGUGUCGUCGCACGACAUGCAGGUGCUGGGCGCCACGGCGGCCGUGGCGAAGUUGUGCGAGGUCGGCGAUGCGUGGCGCGCGUACGACGUGGUGGCGGUGGACGAGGGCCAGUUCUUCCCCGACAUAGUCGAGUUCUGCAACUUGGCCGCCGACGCCGGUAAGACGGUCAUCGUCUCUGCCCUCGAUGGGGACUACCGCAGGCGCCCGUUUGGCGCCAUCUGCUGCCUCAUUCCCCUCGCGGAGUCGGUGAAGAAGCUCAGCGCGGUUUGCAUGGCGUGCCACUGCCGCGCCGCCUCCUUCACGUACCGCACCGUGUCCUCCGAGAAGCAGGAGCUGAUCGGCGGCUCCGACAAGUACAUCGCCGCCUGCAGGAGCUGCUUCGUCACCAAGGCGCGGAAGCGGUCGAGGGAGGAGGCGGCCAGCAGGUCGGUGGAGGCGCAGACGGACGCGCCGCAGCACCCCGAGGCGGAGACAGGGACGCCCUCCACCAAGGCCGCGGGGGCGGCGGGGUUCACGUCGCCGCUGAGUGACUGUGCCGCGCCGCCGCUCUGCCUCGGCGUCGAGGCCCCGGCCAACGACAAGGCGCCUGCCGCGCGCCGCCUCUCCGUCGCCGGCGCGGAGGAACUGUCGCCGCAAACGGAAUAA